GGGCACAAGCGAAUCAGGCGCAGAGUCCCCGCCUUUCGCUGGUUCUUCCAAGGACAAAGUGGCCGAGUGGCUAGCGAGUUAUCCUUGGGGGAAGCUCGCCGGCUCCGCAAUAGCCCCGCGACGCCCCCUUCGUUCCCUCGCGGCGGGGGUGUUUUCGGUUCCAAGCCCGGGGAAAGCGGUCCAGCCUUUGCGCCCUCGCUGCUGGCUUCUUUCCUGCCCUCUUGGAAGGAAAUUAGAGGCGCGGUUGGAGCAGGAGGCAGCCGAUGGCUAAGCGCGGCUGAAAAGUGGAGACCGCGGCCCAUCGGAGACUCUGAAUCCGGGGAUGGAGGAGGAGCCCUUCGGCCGCCACUUCUCCGGCCUUUCUGCGGGUUGAGCCGGGCGAUGGGCUGAACGCCUCCGCCCGACGCGUCUCCGAGCAUCUUCGGUCCAGAUGAAGCGACCCAGGGUGGGCCCUUCCUCUCUCGGUGUCAUGAGCCUCUUUGGACGGAAAUCCCAAACGAUGUCGGAACCGCUCGGGGAGCCGGAGGGGCCCCCGUUAGACCGCGCCGAGGAGACCCGAGUCGCCUUAAUGCUUCCAGAGGAUGAGGACCACCAGGACCGGGAGGACCUGGUAGAGUGCCCGCUCUGCCUUCUGGCCCAGCCCGCGGCGGCCUUCCCCGCGCUUUCCUCCUGUGCCCACCUAUCUUGCCUCACUUGUUUGCAGCAGUAUUUGCGCAUCGAGAUCAGCGAGAGCCGCGUCCAACUGGCCUGUCCGCACUGUCCGGCUCUGUUGCAACCGGCCGAGAUUCACCAGCUGCUGCCUGAGGCCGGCCUGCGCGACAAAUACGAAGAGUACCUGCUGAGACGCCUGUUAGUUGCCGACCCUGGCACGCGCUGGUGCCCGGCCCCUGAUUGCAGUUAUGCCGUGAUUGCAUAUGGCUGUGCUGAAUGCCCCCGGCUUGUUUGUGGUCGUCAGGAUUGCAAGACAGAAUUUUGCUAUCAUUGCCGGCAGCCCUGGCACCCCAAUUCCUCCUGUGAGCAGGCCUGGCGGGAGUGGAAGCAGCAGAGCCCUUUGGGAGCUGUGGAACUCUCCACGCAAUUGAUCUGGAAAGAGGAAGCAGCUCACAACUCUGACACCAUCAAGGUCUGUCCCCGCUGUGGUGCCUUCAUCAUGAAGAUCAACGAUGGGAGCUGCAACCGUAUGAACUGCACUGUCUGUGGCUGCCUUUUCUGCUGGCUCUGCAUGCAAGAAAUCACGGAUGUGCAUUUCCUCAGUCCUUCUGGCUGCACCUUUUGGGGAAAGAAGCCCUGGUCUCGAACCCGGAAGCUCCUAUGGCAGCUGGGCAUGGUGUUGGGUGCCCCAAUGGUGAUCUCAAUUGUUGCUGGCAUCGCAGUGCCGGUCAUCACCCUGGGCAUACCGAUUUACACAGGGAAGAAGGUUUUGAGCCAUGGGCGCAAGAGCAAACUGUCAGGCUGCCAGCAGUGUCUUUCUGUUGCCAGCAGCAUUCUCCUCUCUCUCUUUGUGUCCCCUGUCAUCACAGCUGUCACUGUUGGCUCUUUGCCUGCAGGGGUGGGCGUGCCCCUGAUGCUCACCUACGUGUAUGGGGUCGUGGUACUCUCUCUGUGCCGGAAUCGUUGGGGGUGUGGAAACUCCCGAAAGAAAGCUGGGGAGCUCAGCACAGUGGAACUGGAGAACCUCGCCAAAUUGAACGAACUGCUGGCUGUGCUGCCUACCCCUAUGGUGCCUGAGAAGGGGGCUUCUGCUUCCAUCCCCCAUUCAAGUAACAGUCAACAUGGAGAGCCAUGCCAAAAAGAUCGGAAAAGCAAAUCUGCCAGCACUGUAGCCUUGGCAGGCAGCAUGCUGAGUGAAGCUCAAGAAACUUCUCACAGGGAUGGCCUGAAUACGGUGGAAGUGGAAGUGGAGAUUGAAACUCAGCCACAGGCUGCUGGGGAGCACAGUCUCUGUAGUGCUGCAUCAGGCCACAGCUUUUCAGCAGAUUCGCUCGCCUAUACAAGUGAUGGCUGCAGUUUGGCGGGAGUGAUGACAGAGUAAAGCAACAUAACACACAGAAGCAACCAUGGACUGAAGAUCCAAGCUCUCCUAGCUUGAAAGCCAAGUCUGUCUACAGCCCAUGCAAGAUUCAUCACUGCUCACUUCGGUUACCCAAACACUUGGCAUCUUUUAGCCCCCAUUCUGCCUUCCACUUAAUUAAGACCUUUGGUGCUUCAAGAUAAUAAAUAGCAGCUAUCAGAGGAGUCUAAUGGAUCCUCCCUUUUUAAUAUGUAGGGAUGGAACUCCAUGCGUUACCUAAUUAGGUGGUGGGAAGAGGUUUUGCCAGAUGGGGCUAAAUUUCUGAACAACCACUGAGAGAACAACUGAGGCCAGAUUCACAUUAAAGGAGGCUUGGGAAACCUCUAAUCUUCCAGAUGUUGAAUUACAACUUCAAGCAUCACUCAUAAUUGGCCAUAUGGAUUAGAUCUCCUGAAUCGUAGAUUUCCUACCUCUGAUUAAAUGAUUUUAAGUAACCACUUUGAGCAGAGUACUUGUGGAGGGGAAAGCACUGAUCUAAAUAGGCCAGAGUUUCAGUUGUGAUAAGAUAGCUACAUAUGUUAAUCUUCUGGAUGAAGAUCGAGAUUUGGGGAAACUGGAAAAUCUUCAAGUGAAAGCCUAACGCCAAUUUCAGAGAAUCAAAGGAAGGGCAUAGGGUAGGAGGAAAAAGGGUGCACUUGCAGCUAAGCUAGAACUUAUGAGAGAUUCUGGACUACAUUAUGGAUUGCUUUAUAACAAGUCCCACAGGAGACUUGCUAUUAAAGCCAUUAUUAUAGAAUAAGCUCCUAUGAAAUCCCUGAUUAAGGAAUUCCUCAGAAAUCUAAUGGAACAGCAGUAAUUCCACUUAAAGCAGCAAGUAAUUAAAGGUUACUUAAAUUUUUACCUCAAUAUUGAAACUGAAGGAACUUCAGUGUCUGGUAGUAUUAUGACCCUAUAAUCCAUAGGACUGAGGCAAGAAAGGUUGAAAAUCAACUUUGGGUUAGCCUUAUACCAAUCUAUGGCUUAGGAACAAAAGAUGCAACAAAAUGGGAAAAAGCUGUUAUUAAAAAAAAAACACUUUGGAAAAAAGGGCAAACAACUUUCAAUGGGCUGGCGAACUACAUUGCUACCUGUUGAAAGGGGUAUUUCAGUGACAUCCACAAUUUUGGCUCAUUUGCGGGAGGCUAAAAUAACGGUGCCCAACUUGUUUUCAUGUUUGGGGAGUUUUAAGGGUGGCAAUGGAAGCCAAAGAUUUGUCUCUCAAAGGCUUCCAAUUCCCACUUUUUUUUUCAAAUUCAAAUUUAAAUUUAUGACUGUAAAAUAAGAGUGCUAUAUUUCAUGGCCUUGCACUCAAGUCUUAACAAAAAAUCAUGUGGCUAAAUUUAGGUUCCCCUAUUUUCAGAGAAAAGAAUCCUACUUUUCCACAACCCCCCCCCCCCCCAAUGAAUUGGGGACAUCUGUCUUUUCCUGGGGAAAUCAUAACAGAACAGAUAAUAGUUGGAAGGGACUUUGUAGGUUACCUAGUCCAACCCCCUAAGAUAAAAGUUUCCACGGACAAGACAAUGUAUUGUUGGUCCUAGUUUGCUUUGGCAGAAUAAGACCUUGCAAGUCACAGGCAUGGAAUUCAUAGUGGGAAAGGAUUUGGAAUUGGGAAGAAAUUGGAAUGAGCAAGAAAAGGGAAGAGACUACAGAAUCAAUGAAUGGCAUAACAGUUCAGUUCAUCUUCCUUCCCUCACAAUUUUACAAAAGUACACAGUCACUGAUAAAGAGUUUUAGUUUUUAGUUUGAAAAAAAUCUCAG